AGCAACUUGAACUCUCUCAUCAUCGGCAUGCAAUUUGAAACCCGCUCCACUCAACACCCCACCAGCGUAAUGACCACCCUGCAGCUGCAAGGCGUAGCAGAUUAAUUUAGUAAAAGGAAGUCAGUCGUUCCUAUCUUCAUCGCCCUUGUCCGUGAUGCAUUGAGCGAUGGCACAUGGUCCAGUGAGAUAUUACCAAAGAGAUCAACACGCCUCGCGGAUGGAUUCUAUAUAACGACAUACACCAAACUCCAGGAAGAUACCCACACAUUCGCACUGUAGACAGCCUUGACCAUUAUUUUCACCAUGGUUUCAGUAGGGAUGCCGUUGGAUGCCGCUUGUUUGCUGGCAGUCGCACUGGAAGGCAUUGUAUACGGCUUCUCAGUCCUCAUGUUUAUGGGUACCAUCUGGUCUUUGACCUACAAACAGCGCGUGCGGGGUAUCAAUCGCCCGAUGCUCGCGGUGGCCAUCCUGCUGUUGGUAUUUAGUACCGCGCACAUCAUCGCAAACAUCAUUCGUGCUGAAGAUGGGCUAGUCAAAUAUGGCGUCACAUUCCCAGGUGGACCAGCGGCAUGGUUCGCAGACCCUAGCCAGAAAACGCUUGCGGUCCUGCAUGCGUUUUAUGUCUUACAAACUUUACUGGCUGAUGGGGUAGUGAUCUAUCGCUGUUAUGUUGUGUGGCGAUCACUCUGGAUCAUUAUCCUACCAAGCCUGCUAUGGUGCAGUGUCGCAGUGACUGGUUCUUGUGUGAUCUACAGCUAUUUACAAGUCUCAAGUACCUCUGGAGACUUCUUCGCCGCCGUGCUUGGCGGACCUACUCAUUGGGUCACGGCAUUCUUCGCCUCGACGAUGGCAACGAAUGGAUUGAGUUCAGGAUUACUCGCAUAUCGCAUCUGGAUGAUUGAACGGAAUGUUUCUGCAACUCGCACUACGAAGGGCAAUAUAAUGCCAAUAGUGCGCGUGCUUUUGGAUGCCGCUGUUUUGUACACUGUGGUUCUCUUCAUCGCACUGAUAUGUUUCCUGCUCUCGAACAAUGGAGAGGAACCCGCAGUAGACUUGAUCACGCCAAUCAUAUCGAUUACCUUCUACAUGGUCCUUAUUCGCAUCGCAAUCAACAGAGAUAAUCGCACACAUACCUCGACCAAUGAGACGAAACUAAGCACUUUGCAGCAGUAUCCUAUGCAGGUUCACAUUUCCAAAUAUACGAGCGAUGACGGUACCCAGGCAUACGGGGUAGGGAAUGAAGACCAGCCAUCGACAUUGAAGGAGGGGUUUAGAAAUAGCUCCCCGCAACCGUGACCAAAUAUAUGAACAUCAUGUAUUUCAGGCUUUUCCCCAGAGAUAUGUUUGGACUUAUAAUUUGUAUUCACACGGGUCAUUCACGUUGUUCUAUCUCACUGUUUAAUUAUAGUUCUAUUCCCCAGUUUCUGGAAAGUGACUGAAGUCUCUCCGACAAAACUUGUCAUUAC